CAGCCAUCGAUUACUCAUAAUCUCAUCGCAUCCAGCGGUUUGGAAUGCUCCACCUGUCCGUACCUUCUCACUCUCUAUUUUUGACUUCUCUUCCCUUUUUUACUGUUGGGUUGGUUGGUCGGUCGGUAAUUUGAUGAAGACUCCAGAACCCUAGCCAGAGAGAGUAGUGAGCAGCUAAUUUAAAGCUCCUAUCUUAAUUUGUAUUUUUCGUGGGGGUGGUUUGUCUCCAAGUUUCUUUUUAUAAUUAUUUAUGGUUUUUAUUAUUAUUUAAGCUAGCUGUUGAAUAUGGGGAACACGCAGAUUGAUGAAAGUUGGUAAACCUACACUGUGAUAGUGCCUAGCAUGAGGUCGCCACUAAGUGACACAAGUGGAUACUACUAAAUUAUAACCACAGCUCCGCAGUAAAUUACUCAAUCAAAUUUUACGUCUAUCCAUUUUGACAAUUACAACUGAGUGGACAAGAACGAGUGGUGGGGGAGUCGGUGGGUGGACGGUGGUAGUGGGCUUGGACUCGGUUUGAAUUCCACCGUAAUAAUGCCACCGGCCGGCCAAACGGUAACGAGGAAAAUGUUUUUCUUGUUUUUCCAGCGUCCAGUUGGUCGUCGAUGAACAAGGAAUAAUAAAAGUAACUAAUAAUCAAACCACAAGGAGGAAAAAAAGAAGAAGCGCCAUUAAUUAGCAUGAAAUUAAUUGCAGAAUAAUGAGAUUGGACUAGAGAUCCAUCAAAGCUUUCCCAUGGGAUCCUUGCUUUCUCGAGUUGGUCCUUUUCGGUUGCCUUUCUUUGAUCUUAUGGCUUUGCAUAGUUCCUUCUUCCCCAGGAUUUCUUCUCUUCACAGCAACGAGAAGCUUCUUCUGUGGGGGUUUUUUUUUUUUUUGGGGUUUAAAACUGUUAUUGACUCAUAUGAUAAAAACUCAAUUACACAAAUAAAGAACUAUUUCAUAUUCAUAAUAUAACAAAUUCAUAAUGAAUCCAAUUUUUUUCAAAACUUAAAAUUCUUAUUCUUUAUAUUCAACAAGCAAGCAAACGAUCCUUAAAAACUAGCCUGGUGACUAUAUAAUUAAGUGGAAGGGAGAAGAAAAAAAAAUCAUAAUGCAAAGUCACAUAACAAUUGUUGCCAAAUUGAGGUAAUUGUGGUACAAUUUUUGUGUAAAAUUCGAAUAAUUAGUCAUCAUUUGUAAUAUCAAUAUAUCUAGCAACAAAAAACCGAUUAAAUAUAUGCUUACUAGUAUGUGUAUAAGUGUAUUUAGUAAGUAAUAGUCUCUCAUUAUGUAAAUAUCCAUGUAUAAAAUAAACAAACCAUUCAUUUGACGAAUCAAGAUGGACUAAAAGUAUAAAAUCAUCACUUUUUUCUAAAGAUCAAAGCUAAAUCGUAACGAAACGAGCCACCUGAACAAUUUAUAACAUUUUUCAAAAUAUACGUCUUUCCAUCGAAUAAAUUGAGUUUAUUUUAAAUACUACAAAUGGAAAUGGCACGUUUCUGUUAAAGGAAAAUAAGUAAAUAACAGUAAGAUAUUAUCAUGAAAUCCGGAAGGGGAAAAUAAAAAAAUGAGGAAAACGAAAAUCCAAAAUCUAAAAUAAAAAAAAUAAAAAAGUCGAGUGUUCUCUCUUUCUGUCCAUAUAUACCCAAACCAUAUCCUCUGUUUUUCAUCACUCCCAUCUCUCCCGACUCCCAACCCAAACUCUCCACCUCACUCUCUCAUCCUUCCUCCGCCAGCAACUUCCCCUCUUUAAUUUCAAGUCCCCAAAACCUCAAAACACCAGCAUCAGCAAGAUGACGAAAGAAGUAGUUGGUGAAGGAGGUUCCUUCACGGCGAAGGACUACCACGACCCACCGCCGGCUCCCCUCAUCGACGCGGCGGAGCUGGGUCAGUGGUCCUUCUACAGAGCCCUAAUCGCCGAGUUCAUCGCCACCCUCCUCUUCCUCUACAUCACCGUCCUCACCGUCAUCGGCUACAAGAGCCAGGUCGACCCCAACAAGCCCGGCGUCGUCGACCCCUGCGCCGGCGUCGGCAUCCUCGGCAUCGCCUGGGCCUUCGGCGGCAUGAUCUUUGUCCUCGUCUACUGCACCGCCGGCAUCUCCGGUGGCCACAUCAACCCCGCGGUGACGUUCGGGCUGUUUCUGGCGAGGAAGGUGUCGCUGAUAAGGGCGGUGAUGUACAUGGUGGCUCAAUGCCUGGGAGCCAUUUGCGGUGUUGGGUUGGUGAAGGCGUUCCAGAAGUCUUACUACACCAGGUACGGCGGCGGGGCCAACUCUCUGAACGACGGUUACAGCACCGGCACCGGAUUGGGCGCGGAGAUCAUCGGAACUUUCGUGUUGGUUUACACCGUCUUCUCCGCCACCGACCCCAAGAGGAACGCUCGUGACUCCCAUAUCCCUGUAUUGGCACCACUCCCCAUUGGAUUUGCCGUCUUCAUGGUUCAUCUGGCUACCAUUCCCAUCACCGGCACCGGAAUCAACCCGGCCAGGAGCUUCGGAGCUGCUGUCAUCUUCAACGAAGAGAAGCCGUGGGAUGACCAUUGGAUCUUCUGGGUGGGACCCUUCAUCGGAGCUGCUCUCGCGGCUUUCUUCCACCAGUUUAUCUUGAGAGCCGGAGCUGUGAAGGCUCUUGGGUCGUUCAGGAGCAGCGCCAGUGCUGUGUAGAGCGAUCGGAUCUCCCCACAGCUUACUUUUCUGAUCGGAGUGGAAUAAUGAGUGGUGCAGAGUGCCAUCGUUGCUUGUGCUUCAGAGAGUUGAGGAGUGGUGUGGACUGUUGGAUCGAUGAAAUUAAGAUGGUGUUGACCGAGAAAGGAGUUAUAGUAGGUUGAAGCUCUUUUUAUUCUUGUCGGUUUGCUCUUCUUCUUUUUCAGUGCUAGAGGAUGGAUUGCCACAGCGUCUUUAAUUUAUUUGAUCUGGAACUCUGUGGGCUAUAUAGCUUGCCUGCGUGUAUUCGCUCUAAGAAAAACUUGAUGAAAAUGUAUUUCUUCUUCUUCUUCUGCUUCUGAUUUGCUGGAUUUCUCUGCACUUGUAAUUUAGUCCUACUUCAGGGCACUGUCCUGCUCUUCAGUUCUCAACUUCUUUAAUGCAGAUAUCGGCCUACUAGGAGUUUCUUGCCAAAUUAUCACACACACACAACUUAUCCAUUAUCGACCAAUGGAUUUUGAAACUGAUGGUUGCUAGAUGGAUUUGUGAAUGGUAUAUAAGCUGCUGCUAACAGAACACAGACCAAAAGCGACAAGUCAUAUUAUUGUAACGUGCUUGGAAUACUUCAAAUAUGGAAGCAUUGUGAAGGCCACAAAGUAAAGGACAAGAGAAACAAGUGCACGUUGAUCUGUUCUGAGGAGGGUCUUUGUAUUAGAUUUGAAGUGAAUCAGAAAGAAAGAAGAAAAAAAAUGCGCAUGCUCCUCCGCCCACAAGUUGGUACUAUUUCUCCUUUUCCCCGUUGAUAGAAGUGUGCGACCCACUCUGCUUCAAUAUUUUUUCAACUCAGUUAUCAGCCCUCUAUUUAUGUAAGAUUUUUAGUUAAUUUAGGAUGUUCGUAACCAGACUAACGAGAUCGAGUUUUUGAUGGUUGUCAGUCAUUCAUCUAUAUUUUAUCGUUAAAUACUACCUUACUAAUUUAGCAUACGAAAUACGAUAGAAGAUUUUUUUGAUCGAACAUCAGUACACUACGAUUUUUUAAUCCUUCCUUUUCUUUCUUCGAGGCAACAAACAAUGGGGCACAUUUGUCUACCUAAACUUUACUCUGUGUACCGACUUCUGACUAGGUGGUACGAAUUAAAGAACUAGGAAGCAGUGUGACUGCUAGCCGCUAGGCGUUUCAACAAAAGCACCUGGGGGAUCGGUUAGCAUGCUAACCCUUCUAAGGGGUUGGAAAAAUGAUACCCCUAUUAAUUAUAGUCAUUUUUUGUAUUAAAUUCGUGUUUCAUACUUUCAUUUAAUAAUCUCUGGAAAUUAAAAACUCAUCUUAAUUACAUUCAUUUUUUAACUAGCAUUGUACCUGUAUACUGAACUCAUAUUAAUUACGUUCCUUUUUUGGAACUACCAUUGCACUGAUACAUCUACCAUUGCACAAUACAACUACCAUUGCACUGGAAAAAGGAAAGUAAUUAAUAUGUAUGUUAAUUCAUACAAAUUAUUAAAUGUAACACAAAUUAAUUACCUUAAAAACCUAUAAUUAAUAUGAGGUGUAAUUUUUCCAACCGGGUUUUCAAAGUUCAAAUAUUUGGAUUGGUCUAGAUUUUGGGUCGGAAUUUGGACCAAAAGAAGACAAAAAAAGCCAAACUCAACGGGACCACCAGAGGAAGGGAAAGAGAUGCGCUGGGGAAGGGAAUUGUGCGCCACCCGCUCGCCUCAACCAACCCUUCCCUGCAUGUGGCACACGCUCCAGGAAUGCAGAUCCUAGCAAAUCCCUUUUAAUUGCAAGUUUGCAACCAAUCCCUUUUUUAAUUGCAUCUUACUUAAAUUGUCUCAUUCAUUAAUUAAACUUCCCAAAUUAGAGAUAAAAACAAAUUAAACAUUACAUGUGUAAUAUUCAAGUCAUUUCGAUAAAAUACGACACGUAUAUAUGACAACUGUGUUAAUUAUUAUAUUUUCAUUAUUGAUUAUGUCAUAUUUACAUAUAAUUUUUUUCCGAAUUCAAAAAAAAAUUUAUCGAAAU